AACGCACGUGCACGUGUCGCGAUGGAUGCAGGAUGUAUCGCAACGAGAGCGGAGGAAAACAAUAGCCAGGAGGUCCCGUGAGGAGGGGGUGGGCUCGCUGCUGACAUCAUUGAACCUGUUUAGAGGACAAUACGCACGGGAAGGUGGUUCCCGCCUCUUCGUCUAGUCGCAGCGCGAGUGUAUACACAUGAUACGUAUACAAACAGACACACACACAGAGAGUCGAAAGGAAGGGGAGGAGUAAACGGUGCGUCGCACUUGUGGCUUUUGUCACCCGGUCGUUUGUUUGCUCUUCUGUUACUUCUUUUGACAUCAUCCCGGGAGUGUGGAGUAUGACGCGCCGGGACGGUCCGCGCGGAAGAUAGAAGGAAAACCGGAUAGUACAUACACACAAAUAUACCUACAUGUCCAUACAGAAGAAGAUGGGCGGCAAAGUUGCGGGUCUGAUAUGCGGCAGCUGCUGGUCCGGCAAGUACACUUCCGGCUCGGGCUCGGUGAUCGGCCGGGACCCUCUUCCACCGCGCGCCGUCAGCACCUCGCAGCUCAACCAGGCCGCCAACGGUCGGCAACAGUCGCCCUCGGUCCCUGGAGCCCAGCAGCACCACCUCCACCAGGUGUCCACGCUCCCGCGGCCCAGUGGGGUUGGGGGUGGCCAGCAGCCGUCGCUGCCGGUCCAUCAGCAGCCCUUGGCUCAGGACCACCACCUCCAUCACCACCACCACCAUCGCCACAAUGACCCCAGGACGGAGUACGCGAACCACAUACUCAAGGCUGCCAGUAGUGGCGACGUCAGGACGCUCAACAGCGACUUGAGAGAUCCGAGAAUAGCAUCGCCGUGUUCUGGACAGCGUCUCGUCAGUCCGACGAGCCACUUGAGGGUCAUUUCGCCGGUCGACCAUCGGGUCUCCAGCCCGAGCGAUAGCGAGAGACACGCGCACAGCCAAAGUGACCGAGGCACCACGUCGAGCCCGAACCUUCGGGACUCGGAGCGUGGCAGCAACCCUGCCCUGCGCCAGAUACAACGUGGCACCGGCUCCCGCCAAUCCGGAGAGCUUCUGCACAAGAGGAGUCAAUCCGGUAGCAGGCGAGGCAGCAGCAACCGAGGCUCCAACAGCGACAGAAGUGCCGGCAUCAGGGGCAGCAGUGGCAGUCUGGUGCUUCAGGUGUCGGCGGGCGAGCUGCUCGGCCGUACGCACGAGGAGCUGGUGCUCCUGCUGAUACAGCUCAGACGCCAGAGCGCCACUCUGUGCAAGGCCAUGGAAACUUGCCACAUGGAGAUCGAGGCACAGGCUAGGCUGGUUGAGCUGGACACUCCGCGGCGAUUGGAAAACUUGCAGAAGCUGGACGAUCUUAAGAAGCACCUGAUGGACCUCGAAAAGCAGCCGGCGAGGUUCGAGUUCCCGAGCAAGAACGUGACGAUACGCCGGGGCGAGCCGGUCGUGCUAGAUUGCACGGUGAUCGGCGACAACCCGAUAACCGUCCAGUGGACCCACAACAGCGAGCGAUUGGACACGGAUCUUUACCGGAUGAGGGUCAGCCAAGUCAAGUCGGACAGUGGACUAAAGUCCCAGUUGUCCCUCGGGCACGGAGAUCGGCAGGAUUCCGGGGUUUACAAGUGCACCGCUGAUAACGAUUACGGGCACAGCGAGCACUUUAUCUAUCUGGCUGUACAAGAGAGGCCCGACGCACCAUCGGCGCUCGAAGUCAUCGAGAUUGGCUCGAGAUCGAUCAAGCUCUCGUGGAACAAAGCCUUUGACGGUAACAGUCUGAUUCGGGAGUACGUUAUCGAGUACCAGCCAGUCUCCCAUGGCAUACUCGAGGACGACUGGGAGCCCUCCAAGACCCACAAUAUUUCCCAUGCUCCCGGCUCAUACUACGGACACGCCUCCAAUCCUCCACAGAACGGUAUGGUUCGUUACGAGACGUCCACGGAUGACCAGGAGACAGUGCUGGUCGGAGGACUCCAUCCAGCCGUGACCUACAAAUUCCGCGUGUUCGCCAUUAAUUUCAUCGACACGAGCGAGCCAACCGGCCCAGCAGUUGCUAAAACUCAGGAAGAAGCACCCACGGAACCCCCGCAGAACAUCAAAGUCAGCUCGGCCGGGCCCGGAGAGCUGAUAGUCACUUGGGAGUGCGCGAUUUAUAAUGUUGGCUUCGUUGUUUUACAGGUGAAGCCCGUUUUCUUCCAGAAAUUGGAGGAAACCGUGGCUGAGAACGCGCGCCUCGAGCAGGACCUCGUGGUCCUUCGUCAGAAGCUCCAAGCCUCGCGCAGGUACGCAGGUAACGUGCAAGCGACGCGAGACUCCAGCGGGACCCAGGCCGCCCUCGAAAAGGAGCUUCGUCGCGUCCAGCAGUUGGUCGGCGACUUGCAGCGACAACGACAGGAGCUCAGCAUACAGGUCCGACAGCUCACCGAGAAAUCCCACAGCCUCGUCCAGCAGAUCAGGCCACAGGCUGGCUCCGCACCGCAAGUUCACCAGUCGAAGAAGCGCACGCCAAACACGUGGCUCGAGACGGACCUCGACACCGGCCUGACCCACGAGCACGGCCUCGAGCACUCGUCCUCGCCGGCCUCCUCGGCAUCCCCCCGCGCCAAACUGAACGGCAGCCCCUACCAGCCCCCCCUGAACUCGCCCCAGUACGUUAAGGAGAUUGUCGGUCAGUCGCGCUCGCCCGUGUCCAUCGCCUCGUCCUCGUCCUCGUCGCAGUACUGCCGGCAGGUCCAGGGCCAGGCUGCCUCGCCGCCCAACUGCACCGUACCAUCCGUCAACGGCAUGUCCCCCCAACUCAGGGAACAGAUCCAACAGCACCAGCUCAAGCAACAAUUGCUCAAGGACCAGAUGCAGGGCAAGGCCACCGGUAGCGCCCCCAAUCUGCACCAUCAGGCCAACAACAAUAACCACCAUCAUCAUCACAAUCACCACCACCAUCACCAUCACCAUCAGCAUCACAGCAGCAACAACAGUACGAGUAGCAAUAACAGUAGUAACAACAACAAUUACAACAACAAUGCGGUGCCGCUAUACGUGAAUGCCAACGUUGUGCAAGAGUCGAGGAAUAGGCACGAGAGCGUCAAGGGUCACUUGUACGAGCAUCACAUGACUAACGGCGCUCCCAUGCUACCACCGCCCGAGUACGUGCCACCACCGCCACCACCGCCACUCUGCAGCGAAGAUACGACGAUCCUGAUGAACGGCGGCUACAACCACGACGAAGGUUCGGUGCACAAUCGCGAAAAACAAGAGAUCAAGACGGUUCGCAUAGUGAAGCGCGAGUCCGAGAGGCGUCAGAGGGACCGGGGCGACAGGACCGGCAACAUUGGUAUUCCUCUGACAAAUGGACUGCAGGCACCGGGUGGCGCCAAGCGACUCGGCGAUGACGACUUUGGCGGUUCUCAACACUUUGAGGCUCAGCUGGAUCGCGUGCUCGAGGAGACGCCGAUGGUACAUCACGCCCAGAGCAGUGGACAAUUGACGGAGCUCGACGAGGCCCAGUUUCAGCGUAGCAUGUCACUGCCCCGUGGCUUCGGGAGCCACCAGAAGCCACAACCCGGCGUCCACAAGUCCGGUGGUCCAGUGCCACCGCCACCGCGCAGCGACAGCAUGACCGCGCUUAGGAACAUCAUGGCGCGAAGGCAACGCGUGAGGGGUAUGGGCAGAGCACGAGACGAUGUGGACAUGGAACGAGCUUUGCGGCCUAGGCUCAACGCGCCCGACGUCGUUCGGUCGACGCUGAGCCACAAGGAGCUCAAGUACAACGAGAGCACGAUCGACUCGCUUCUUGGCACUCCGAAUAAGAUUGUCAUUCCUGAACGAUACGUGCCCGAAAAGACCCCAGAGCUGACUGCGGAGGAACAAGAGCAACGACUAAAAAAGGCCGAGUCGAUCAGAAAAAUGCUGUCCGAGACUGGGGUCACAGCUUCCGAGGGCACAGAUGAGCCACUCUCCGAAAAGUCCAACACGUUGAAAAAGAAGGUGGCCGAAGAAAAGCGCCAAAGAGAGCACAUUCUCCAUCUGAACCAAAUACUAGCGAAGCAAGUGAUGGAGAAGAGCAAAAUGGUGGCUGUGAAAGCUCUCGCUACCGUACCCCUGAACGCCGAAUCGAGCAUUGACGACGACGAUCUCUCGCCGCUGACGCCUCUGCCACUCUACCAACAGCGGGAAAACUUUUACUCAUAAAUUAUACCUAUACCUGCGAGAACCGUCAAUUUUUUCCCCAUCGAAUGUUAUUACUCAUCGGUCCAUUUGUACAUAAAACAUAAUUAUAUACAUAUACGGCAGUGGAAGGGUUACCAGUUGACUAUGCGAACCGUUAAGAGUUUACGUAUGUAUAGUUGCUCGUUGAAUUUUUACGUUUUACCAGAUCGAUUAAUAUAAGUGACGCGUUUCCGUCGCUCUAGCGAUUGGAGCUAUCGGUAAACCAUCGUGCAAUACACUUUAUUACGCAUAUACACGUACAAUAAUAGAAAUGCAAUAAAAAUUGCUGGAAUUCGUUACGCAACCAUCGUAUCGAUGUAUCAUUCAAAGGGUGUGCGACGCUUGUGAUUCAUGUAUCGUUCAUGACAAAUCGGUAAUUUUAAAGUUGUACGAGAUCGAUAGGGUAUUAGAGAUGAAAGUAAUUCGUAUGUAUAAUACAACAUAUGUACCAAUCACUGUGUAGCAUAAAAAU